AUGGCCGCCCCGCGGGGCCCGCACCCCCUGGCGCCCGCCCCGCCCCCGGCGCGCGCCGGACUCCGCGCGGCGCGCAGGGCAAGUGGGGGCGCGGGGCGCGAGCCUCCGGGGCUGGGCGGGCGGGCCGGAGAGCGGGGAGCGAGCGCGGGGGCCGCGGCCGGGGCGGCGCGCGGCGUCGCGUUCACUCGGGGUUCCGCACGGAGCGCCGGCAAGUGGGCCCGGAGCGCGGGCCGCCAGGGGCGGGGCCGCGCUGACGGGGGGCGGGAGCCGGGGGGGCGCGAGCGCGCCGCGCGUGGGGCGGCGGCCGGGGCAGCGCGCGGCGUCGCGUCUGCUCCGGGCUCCCGGCUCCGCACCUCUGCGCGGCAGCCGCGCCCCCUCCUAGACGUUUCCUCCUGCUCCCGAAGAGGAAGGCGUUUUUUUCCCCCUUUCUGCUGUCAGGGAUCUAGGCAGCCGAGGGGCGAGGCGCCCCCGAGCACAUUUAAAGGGGCCGAGGCCGUGGGGACUCGGGGAGCGCGCGGGGUUCAAGGGACUAGGAUCCGGGCGGGUGACGCGGGGAAAGCCGGCGAGUUGGGCCUUUGGGGCCUUCCUGGGCCCUUCGCCCAACAGGCCGUCCAUAUCUUCGUUUUAAACCUCGCGCAUUCAUUCAGACCUUCACCAAGAGCGGUGGUGCUGAGCGCGGAACUAGACAUAUCCAAAUUCUUGCCGUCACGCAGCUUAGAGGGGAGAAGAUCGGCACAGACACAAGACAAAUAUGCAAUAAGUAUCAUUUCAGAGAUUGUACACAGGCCAGCACCUCCCUGGGACCAGACCCGGUGCUCAUUGACAUGGAUGACUCAGAGAAGCCUUCGCCAUGGAGCUCCAUGUCUGGCUGGCCAGGCAACAUAGUUCUGCUUCCUUGGAGAGUGCUGGGAUGGGGACAGGAGUGCACAGUGUGGGAACUCAGAGGUGGCCUCCAAGUGGAGAGGGCCCAAGCAAGGAAAGUCCUUUCAGGUAGAGGGAAUAGCUUGGGCAAAGUCAGAGGGGUCAAAAGGUAUGACCUGUUGGGGCUGCCAUGAAGGGUUUGGCUUGGCAGGAAAUCGAGGGUGGAAGCAUCCCAAAGUGAGGUGCAGAAGGAGGUGCUUUGCCACACUGAGGGCUUCCUUCCAUCAGUCACUGAAAGCUGGUAAGGAUCAUGUCUUUCACAUAUAACUGGCAACUAACAUUUAUGGAGCACCUGCCGGGUGCCUGUCACAGUGCUUAAGCUAUGUACAUAAAUGUUUAUUCAUUUAAGCCUCACUACAAUCCUAUGAGGCAGGUAUCAAAAUUCUUGCCAUUUCACACAUGGAGAAACUGAGUAAAGUAAGUGUUCAAAUGAGACUUCCGGACUCUGUUCUUGCCAAAAUUUGCUCUAUCUCUGCAGCUCCAGACCCAACUCAAGGUGUGGCUUGGUCAUUUGAUAGAUUGGUUGUGAGUCUACUAAGUGCCAGGUUGUAGAAUUUCAGCAUUUCCAGCACUCUGGGGGAAGAGAGCAGGGGGAUGUCUCAAUUUGUUUUGGCAAUUUACUCAAAAUAUCUACUACUAUGUGGAAGUUGAGGGAGGAACAUGGGACAUAACCCCCACCUCCCACUACCACCACCAUCCUUUUCUGU